UUUACAUGUCAUUUUUAAGCUACAAAUUCAUUCCUGCAUUCUAAAACUUUCUUUCAGAUAUAACCACCGUUCCCAACGAAGAAGAAGAUGUCAGGUGUGGGACAGCUUUUCGGAGGGUCUUUCCUCUCGGCCUUCCUUCAGGUGGCCUUCGAUAGGUUUGCCUCUCCUGAGUUGCUGGACUUCUUACUCCGAUGGGAAAUCGACUUGGAUGAAGUGGAGUCACUGAAGCGGACGUCGGCCAUGAUUCAGGCCUUAUCUGAUGAAGCUGAAGUGAAGCAAUUCACCAACGUUGCCGUGAAGCUGUGGCUCGACCACCUCAAACAGCUCCUCUAUCAUGCGGAGGACAUACUGGACGAGUAUGCCACUGAACUUCUACGCCUGAAAUUGGAAUCUGCUCACCAAACCCAACAGGUACGCAACCCCCCUGUUCCUCUUACUCCAUCAAGUACUGAAAGUAGUGUUUCUUCUUGGUUGAACUCCGGCCUAGAAUCUGCUUUAGAAGGAAUAAAAGGCAUUGCGCCUAAGGUUUAUAACAUCACCGAAGAGCUGCAGGGAAUUAAAAGGUUCCAAUCAAAAGUAAGGGAUAUCAACAUGAGGUUAAAAAGUGUAGCACAAGAAGGUGUUGCUCUAGGUUUGAACUUGAGCAUCGGAUCUGGGUCCUCAAGGCCCAAGGUAUUCAGUCAAAGGCCACCAACGAGUUCUUUAGUGAAUACAUCGAAUGUUUUCGGCAGAGAGGAAGAUAUGGAGGAGAUUUUCAGAUGGUUGAUAUCAGAUAACACUCCAAGUAAUGAUGUUAAUAAUUUCUCAGUGCUGCCCAUAUUGGGCAUGGGUGGGGUUGGAAAGACAACCCUUGCUCAACUUGUUUAUAAUGAUGAAAGAAUUGAGAAGCAUUUUGCUCUGAAAGCUUGGGUUUGUGUCUCGGAAGACUUCGAUCUGGUGAGGUUAACUAAAGAAAUUCUUGAGUCAAUCACUAGAUCUUGCCCUCCUUCUAAUUCACUGGACCUGCUACAGCUGAAACUUAAAGAAGCAUUAAGCAAAAAAAGAUUUUUAUUGGUUUUGGAUGACAUGUGGAACGAGAUCUAUGACAGUUGGGAUGCCUUAAGGACCCCUUUUGCAUUCGGUCAACGAGGGAGCAAGAUAUUAGUUACAACACGGAACAAAAGCGUUUCAUCAAUCGUUCGCACUGUUCCGUACGAUAUUUAUCUAAAAGGUCUUCCAAAUGAAGCUUGUUUUGCGCUAGUUCAAAGGCACGCUUUCAUGGAUGAAAAAUCAUCUGAUGCAAAUCAAAAGUUGGAAGUAUUUGGAGAUGAAAUUGUGAAGAAAUGUAAGGGUUUACCUUUGGCUAUAAAGACACUUGCUGGCCUCUUGCGAGAUAAAAGGGAUAACUAUGAGUGGAAAGAUAUUUUGGAGAGUGAAAUAUGGGAUUUAAGAGAGAGUGAGAUCCUUCCAUCACUCAUCUUGAGUUACCAUCAUCUUCCACCACAUGUAAAGAGAUGCUUUGCAUAUUGUGCUUUGUUUCCCAAAGACUACGAAUUUAGCAAGAGUGAAUUAGUUGUCUUGUGGAUUGCAGAAGGUCUUGUUCAACCAAAAGAAAAGAAACGACUGGAAGAUAUAGGGGCUGGGUAUUGUGAUGAAUUAGUAAUGCGGUCAUUCUUUGAGUUAUCUAUUUAUCAUCAUUCUUGGGCAACAGGAUCGCUCGGUACUGAUUUUACAAAAGAAAUGCACAACACGUCAUUAUUUGAGUCAUCCGGUAACACGGGACCAACAUUUGUGAUGCAUGAUCUAAUCCAUGAUUUAGCACAAUAUGUUUCAGAUGGAAUAUAUUGUAAGAAAGAGUAUGAUAAGUCAUCACCUGCUCUUACUACAACUCGCCACUUGUCCUAUGUUAUGCACAAUUAUAAUGUUGAGGCAACAGAGUUUGGGGCAAUGAAAAGUUUACGCUCCUUUCUAACUCUAAAUGAUUUAGCUGGUAGUCCUAAGCACUUUUUUUCCACUUUGGAAUUCCAAUUCCAAUUCCUACGUGUGCUACGUUUUAGAAAUUGCUGCAAUUGUGAGUUGCCUGAUUCAAUUGGCAAGUUGAAACAUCUAAGGUUUCUUGAUCUCUCGUUUUCUGAUAUUGUAAGGUUGCCCGACUCGAUUGGAAAACUUUACAAUCUACAAUUGUUAGCCCUUACUGGUUGUGGUAGGCUUAGAAAGUUGCCUAACGAUAUGAGUAACCUUAUAAAUCUUCGAUAUCUUGUUCUCCCUGCACAUUGGGAUUUCCAUAAAAUUCCAUUAGGAGUGGGUAACAUGAGUUGUCUUCAAGUGUUGAGCACAAUCGAUGUAGGGCCAAAAAAAAAGUUAUCACAAUUGCGAGGGAUUCGGGACAAUUCAAGUUUGGAAGAUGUAGGCAAUAAUGGGGUAGAAGCCAUAGUGGCCAAGCCACACCUUCUUGGGCUACAGCUGCACAAACUCACGUCACUUAGAUAUCUUGCAAUAUCAAACUAUAAGAAUUUGGAGUCACUAUCCAAGAAACUAUACACUCUAACAUCUCUCCAAAGAUUAGUAAUCACAAGUUGCCCUGCUCUUGUAUCCCUCCGAGAAGCAAGGUUACCCACUGCACUUAAAGAACUAAGGAUCUUUUAUUGCGAGAAGUUGGGGUCACUACCAAAGGAGCUUCAGACCCUAACUUAUCUCAAAGAAUUUGUAAUUGGUAGUUGUCCUGCUCUAGUGUCCUUCCAGGAAACAAGGUUACCCUCUGCAUUUGAAGAAUUGGAGAUCAUUGAUUGUGAGAAUUUGGAGUCCUUACCCAUGGAACUAUUGCACAACCUCACGACCUUCCAAAGAUUAGUAAUCAAGGAGUGUCCUGCUCUUGAAACCAUUCCAAAUAUGGGCUUAUCCACUACACUUCAAGAAGUAUCAAUUCUAAAUUGUGGGCACAAAUUUACAAGUCUUAAACGACUAGAAAUUGUGGAGUGCUAUUUUCUUAUGGAGUGCAAGAAUCUUGAACCCCUACAUACCUCAGGUCUUCAUAAUCUUAUAUCUCUUUCAUAUCUCACCAUUGGUGGAUGUCAUGCUCUCAUGUCCCUUCCAGAUGGCCUGCUUCCCACCAACCUUCGGGAUUUUUGCAUCAAGGACUGCCCAAUUCUUGAAUCCCUAUAUGAUGGACUCUCUGACCUAAUCUCGCUUAAACGUUUGGAGAUCCAGAAUUGUCCAAAGCUGACCCAACGGUACCAAAAGAAGGAAGGAGAAGAGUGGUCCAAGAUUGCCCAAAUCCCUAAGGUGAUAAUAGAUGGCAUAUGGCAAUAA